GAUGCGAUUUAUGCUGCUGUUCAGCCGGCAGGGGAAGCUGCGCCUGCAGAAAUGGUACGUCGCCACUUCAGAGCGGGACAAGAAGAAGCUGGUGAGAGAUUUAAUGCAGACGGUGCUCAGCCGCAAACCGAAAAUGUGCAGUUUCCUGGAGUGGAAGGACUUGAAGGUGGUCUAUAAAAGAUAUGCCAGCCUGUAUUUCUGUUGUGCGGUUGAAGAUCAGGAUAAUGAGCUGCUGACCCUGGAGCUAAUCCACCGAUACGUGGAACUGCUGGACAAAUAUUUUGGCAGCGUGUGUGAGCUGGAUAUCAUCUUUAACUUUGAGAAGGCCUACUUCAUCCUGGACGAGUUCCUGAUGGGGGGCGAAAUCCAAGACACGUCGAAAAAGAGCGUGCUGAAAGCGAUCGAGCAAUCAGACAUGUUACAAGAGGAGGAUGAGUCACCGCGCAGCGUGCUAGAGGAAAUGGGACUGGCUUGA